AUGUACCCACCUCAGUAUUUUCCUCCUACAACUGGUCAGUCUCAGUCUCAGCCUCAACCAGUGAAGAAAAAGAGGAAUCAACCAGGCAAUCCAGAUCCUGGUGCAGAAGUCAUAGCUUUAUCACCAAGAACUCUCAUGGCAACCAACAGAUUUGUGUGUGAAAUUUGCAACAAAGGGUUUCAAAGAGAACAGAAUCUUCAACUUCAUAGAAGAGGGCAUAAUUUGCCAUGGAAACUGAAGCAAAGAACAAGCAAGGAAGUGAGGAAAAAAGUAUAUGUUUGCCCAGAAACUACAUGUGUACACCAUGAUCCAUCAAGGGCACUGGGGGAUUUGACAGGGAUAAAGAAGCAUUUUUGUAGAAAACAUGGGGAGAAGAAAUGGAAAUGUGAGAAAUGUUCAAAGAAAUAUGCAGUUCGAUCUGAUUGGAAAGCCCACUCCAAAACCUGUGGCACUAGGGAGUACAGAUGUGACUGUGGAACCCUUUUCUCAAGGAGGGACAGUUUUAUCACACACAGGGCCUUUUGUGAUGCUUUAACAGAAGAGAGUGCAAAAACAAUAACUGGUAACAACAUCCAAAUCAUCACAUCUCAAGCAAAUUUCUCAACAUCCCAUAUGAACCUUCAAGUUUCACCUCAAUUCAAUGCUCAUAAUUUCCCGUACCCAAUAAAAAAAGAGCAACAAAUUUUCAGUUCAAGGCCUGAGAUUCCACUAUGGCUAGCUUCUUGUCCACAAGCACCACACGGACCUGGUCCCACUUCUGGCUCUGGCCCACCACUCAUUGACCUCACCCCAUCAAUCUUCAACGCUAGAUUAGAUCAAGCAUUUUCUCAAUACGAUCAAGAAUUUUCUCAGAAUCAAAACCCUAACCCUAGUAGUGGCCAUGGACCCCCCACUCUACCACCCUACAACCCAGCAGCCUCUCCUCACGUUUCAGCCACUUCAUUGCUACAGAGAGCUGUACAAAUGGGUGCAAAAACUAGCCCAUGUCCGUCACCAGCAGCCAUGCCUAUUAGACCCCACCAAGAUCACAUGUUUGCAACUGAUUCUGCUUACAGUACAACAACUGGUUUUGGUCUAAACUUGUCCUCACGUGAAAAAAUGGUCAGUGGGUUCAUCAAUAGCUUAGCUUUAUAUGGGAAUAAAGCUGCAUUGAAAGGUUGUACAGACAGAGGUGCACCACCAGCAGGUGAUAGUAGUACAAGUGGACCUUCUUUGCUUCAUGAUACGACGAUGAACAAUCCUGGAUUUGAAGGGUCAACUUUUGAAGAUGCAUUUGGUGGGAUCUUCAAUUCCUUAAAGAAAGAUGAAAAUUUUCAUGCAGCCCAUCAUCAGUUUAGCACAAAUGAAAGUGGUGAAAUUGAUGGAACUACAAGGGAUUUCUUGGGAUUAAAGCCUAUUUCUCAUAGUGGCAUUUUGAGUAUUACUGGCCUUGAUCAUAACUGCAUCGACACUUCUUAUGAAGAUCGCAACGAAUAUGAAAACCCGAAAUCCUGGCAAGGUUAG